GAUCUAGUGCCAAAAAAUUUCGAAUUCAUAACAAUUCUCUGCUUCACCAAAACGCUUAAACAUUAAAUCAUACAACGCUUCUAUUUCUUUUUCAUCUAAAAAGAAGCUUAAAAAUUGCUCAAGUUCUGUCCUGUUUUCUGUUUGAUGAGUAUUUGAACAUGGGAUAUACAUAUACACCAGCAUACUAUUCAUCUUUACAAGAUUCAAUUACUUCCAUAUGUAAAUCAAUUCUUCCUUUCUCCUUUAAGAAGAGAAGAUUACCAGCAGCUGAACAGAAACUCUCUAAACAGCAAUCUGAUAAUCUCAAAUGGCAGCAGAAUUCAUUCCAUCAGAUCUUGAAUUUGAUGGGUCUUCACAAAGAAGGCAUUUUGCCUCACACCGAGGUUUCUGCCUUCAAAACCCACCUUUUAGAUACCCUUAUUGCAUCCAAGGGAGCAGAGACCGAAUAUCCCCCCAUUUUAAGGGAUAGACUCCUCUUUCUCCAGGAGCUGUUAUAUGCAAAAUGCAUAACAGAAGAAGAGUAUCAUGCAUCAAAGAGGCCAUUGCUUCAGAGAUUAGCUGUACAAGGAGCUGAGCUCGAGGUCAAAGAUGUAAUCGUUGGAACACAAAAGCAAACACAAAAUACAGUCGAAGAGGAAUGGUCUGAGAUCGAUUUGAGAGAGGAGCAGACUUUGAUCAAUAAGGAACCCAAAAACAAAUUAAAGCAAGGGUUAUCAUCAGUGAAACACAUCAAAGAGGCAGCAUCUGCUUUUGGGUUUGGGGCUUUCCAAAAAUUGGGGAAAACCAAAGAACAGAAGAGUAUAUUUGAUGUAGCAGCAAAUUGUAAUCAGUUCCCAGCUGAUAAUGCAGGCAUAUCUAACAAUGACAGUUCACAAAGUAGUGAAAACCCAUUCUGGAAUAAGACACACUCAGAGAAUGAAAGUGAAACAAAAACAAUUCUUAUGCCACAGAGUCUUUCCUCAAAGUCGGAUAAGAUUCGUACCGAAGAAUGUCAGGGAAAGAAGGCUGUCUUUCGAGGUCCGUUGCAGGCAGGUAAAUCAAAUGAGAAAGACUCAAAGUCAGCAAGAAAACAGUGGGGAUUUGAUGGGUUCAAGAGAUGGAACACGAAAGACGAAACUGCUCCUUUACCUCUUGAUGAAAGAUUAAGUGAUGAAAGACCUUAUACGCAAGGUCCUGAUACUAAACAGAUCAAAAGAAAGCUUCUUUCGGGUGGUUCUUCAUCUGGAUUUUACAUUGAUAAGGUUGUUGGGGAUAACAUAAAGAAGGAGCUAUUGCGAAUUCAAACUGAACUGUCUAGUACAAAUCCCCACUUCAAAUUUUCGAAUGAUCAAAUGGAUGCCAUCUCGACAAAGCUUCCUGUUGACAAAACUGAUCUUAAGCAGUUCUUUCCCUGGUCUUGGUGCGAAAAAUAUGGGGAUGUGGUGUUGGAUGUAGUGAAGAAAGAGUUCAAAGAUCAUGUGUGGGAGAUGGAAACAAUGCGUAACGCUGCGUGGGAAAGGAGGUGUACUAGCUCUAAGAGAUGGACAACUUUUGAGGAUGACCAGAAUUCUCAUCCUAAUCUUACUUCUUCUGCUAACAUUAAGUCCCUUUUCUUCUGAUUGGGUAUAUGCAAUGUUUAGUAGAGCUAUAUGCUGUAUAAAUCAAUAUCCAUGGUUCUCUUUGCCCCCCUUUUUAUUCACUUUGUUACGUACUAAAUAUGUACAAUGCUCUAAUUUUUGGCUCAACGAUCAGUCUUCGAAGGCGUCCCAG